GAUUCAAUCACCCUAUAAGGACCAAUGUACCCAGUAGCUCAUGGAAGAAAAAAAUCAAACCAGGACAUCCUUGGUUUCCAGGCUACCGAAAUAUGGAAUGAAAACUUUAGGAAAUGUCUUGCAACCUGUGCCAAAUGGGACGGCUGUUGGUUUAGCAGGAAGUAAUGGUGGCAAAGACUUCAGCAAGCACAAUGGCACAGUGCGCAUGUCUUCCUAUUCUUUCAACUGGAAAAAACCCAAUAAAUAUCAACUUCAUGAUCAAAACGAGAGAGAGACCAACUCUAAAUAUAAUUGUAACGAAAAAUUAAUUGAUUCCGAGAGGUAUUCUCAGUCUCAAGGAGCGCUGGGUAACGAUGUGCUCAGGGUGGGUUUGAACAGUACUUCGGUUGCCUCAAAAGCAGCAAAGCAAACCAGUAUGUUUGUAUCUAAUACUGAGGAAUUAAACCCAAAGUCUUUGCCUGGACUCUCUGGUUCAGCAAAAUUCACCAAAGGCACCCUGUCAGGGAGGACCCCGUAUUCUGGACUCAGUGCUCCAAAAUCCAAUUUAAAUGGAUUUUAUGGAAACAGGCCGGUGGUAGGCUUGCAGAGACCUAGAUCUAAUUCCAGUGCCACAAGGACAAAUUCAGGAGAAAGCCUGGCACAAUCUACAGACAGUAGCAAGGCUUUUUCCUGUGAAAAAAUGGUAAGAUCACAAAGUUUUUCACAUUCCAUUCAGAAUUCUUUCCUUCCCACUGCAUCCUUAACCAGGUCACAUUCCUUUAACAAAGCUGUGGAUCUUACAAGGCCUUAUCAUAGUCAAAAUGUAGCUGCCAGGACAUCUCAGAGAUCGACUCUGUUGUCAAGAAAUGCCCGCCAGUUGGAUGUACCAAAUGGAAAUGAACCUGUGAAGUAUGGAUUUACCAGGCCGUAUUCUGGCACAUCAGCUCCUUGUGCAAAGAAGCCCCCACUGUCAAAUGGAUCUGGGUCAGCACCAUCUUUUGGAUACAGAUUGAGUCGGCCUUCUCUGCUGAAGCCCACCAGGCAGCAAUUUGCUGGAAACACUGUUGUGGAUGGCAGCAAAAGUACAACUCCUGACACAUCCCUCGUGCAGACCUCUGAAAUUUCAACAAAUAUUAACAGAGCAAUUGAGAAGAGCAGCAUUUUAGAGAGCAGUGCUCAAAGAGCAGAAUCUGAUCAGGGCCUGCAUGAAAGUAUGGGGAAACAUGGAUCAAAAGUCAUGUGUAUGAGUGAUGAUGGAGAUGAAAUAUCUAUAUCUUCUUUGUCAUCAUCUGAAAAAAAUGAUUUGAGUGAAGACUUCAGUGAUGAUUUCAUAGAUAUAGAAGACCCCAACAGAACUACACAAAUAGAGCAAAAGGAAAGCUGCCUUCAAGAGUUAGAGCACAUGAGCAUCACAUCCAUCGAGCCGUUCACUUCUCUCAAGGAAGGUGGAGGAUCCUGUGGUAAUGCUGAUGACUGGCUUGAUAUAAACGUGUCUGCAGUGGAUGACAACAGUGAAAGCACAAAGCAUACUUCCAAGAGUGUGAUUUCUCCAGAGAUGAAUUACAGAGCUGGUUCCUCUUUUGAGCUUUCUCCAUCUGACAGCUCUGAUGGCACGUAUAUGUGGGAUGAAGAAGGACUGGAACCUAUUGGAAGUGUCCAUCCUUGUGGAAGUUAUGAAUCUUCAGAAAUGAACAGCAUAGAUAUCUUGAAUAAUCUUGAUUCAUGUGAUCUUGAGGAUGAUGAUCUCAUGCUUGAUGUGGACCUACCUGAGGACCCACCUCAUGAUAAGGAGGAAUGUGAAAAUAUGAGCCGUUAUGAUAGACAAGACAGAAAUGCUAGGCAACAUCAGGAAGGUUUCUGGAAAAGAGCACCACAACAACGGUGGAAUACACAGGAUCACUAUCAUCUUGGCCACACUGAUCACUAUAUCCAUGGUAAAAAUGACUUGAACAGGGGAUCAAAAUACCUAGAAUCUCCUGUUGGUCACUUGGAAAGCUAUGGAGCACCAAAUUUCUACCAGGCUCCUAGACAGCUGGUGGGCUUAGCAGAGAACACUGUGAUGCUGGAUGAAAUGACACUUCGGCACAUGGUCCAGGACUGCACAGCUGUAAAAACUCAGUUAUUGAAGCUGAAGAGAUUAUUGCACCAGAAUGAUGAAAAUAUAUCACUCCAGGACAUCCCACUCUCACUUCCACCAAGUCCAGAACCACGAGAACCUGAGACAACUUUCAAGAUGGAUGAUCUGCUGAAUGAGAUCAGGCAGCUGAAAGAUGAACUGAAGAAAAAGGAUGAAACAAUCAACCAGUUAGAGCAUCAACUUGCCACUAGAUGUAACUGCCAGAAAGACAGUCAAAAACCUGCAGGGACAACGUGUAUGAACGCUGAUAAAUUUACCCAAACCUCCUGGAGGAGGAGUUCUGGUGGGUAUUCUGCUCCCUCCUUCUCUCCCUGGCAGGGCUCAUUCCAGGGCAUCCCUCGGACUGUUCCACCGCACCGCAGACAGACCUCAAGUACUACAGCCUUCCAGCAGCCUUCCCAGUUCCACAGACCUCGCCCAGGGAAAACUAAUAAAAAUGCCACAUAUCGAGGCCCACAGUGAAUAUCCUAAACAUGGUCUGCAUGCAAAUAGCAAUCAUCAGAAUCAAAAUGCUGCAAAUAUCUCUCUCAUAAACAGCCUGAAUGAUGCAAACUCUUUAAUGAGUGUACAGUCAAGCGUAAAAGAUGAGAAUACAUCAUAUUUGGAAAAUUUGAAAAAUAGAAAUACUGAAGACCCUGGAGAG